AUGGUUGCAUCCCUUCCACAGCUAUACUACCAGCCGCAAUCGACGAAAAAGAAAUCCAUUCGCAAGGAGGAGAUUGAAAUCCUUUGCUCGAUUAUGAAAAGCAUGCAACCAAAAUAUGGUGGUUCUGAGAUGGUCCUGACAAAAAUCCAGCGACUAGAAAAAGAGGUCCAGGCGUCGGUAGAGCGAUACCUGCAGGAAACAGGUGCGUCUGGUCUCCCUGGAGACGGCAUAUUACACACACCCCACCAGCAUUUGGAGGAGCUCUUUCCAUUUCCCUCAGCCAUGUGUACCCACAUGGAUCUAAUAGGGGAGUUUGAGGAGUUUGAACGGGAGACACCUGACGAAUAUACGGCGAUUGAUGAGGAGUGGGCCAGCUUACUUUUUUUGGAGGGCCACAAUUUUUUUGAACUGUUUGAAUUCUCCAAUUACGCGGCUAUACCUCCAGAGUGA